ACCUUCAAGCCAAGAUCGCAAAGUUUAUCAAAUUCUUACUAUGUCUUCUCUUGUUCCUACUUUUACUGACUUGUCGUUCUACACUCACGAUAACAAGUCAAGAUACAAUGACCUUGUAACUAAAUUCAAAAAGAACUUCCCUGAAUCUUCAGUGGAAUUCUUCGCCAGAUCUCCAGGUCGUGUCAACUUAAUUGGUGACCAUAUUGAUUAUAACUUCUUCCCAGUUUUACCAAUGGCAAUUGAGGUUGAUGUUGUUGCUGCUGUAGGUGUAAAUGAUAGUAAUCAAAUUGUCAUUACCAAUACCGACGAAAAGGAUUUUCCUAAACAAGUAAUUGAAAUACCUUCAGAUCCAAAAGUUUCAGUCACCAUCGAUAAAGCACAACAUGGUUGGGGAAAUUACUUCAAAUGUGGUUUAAUUGUCGCUCACAAAUACUUAUUGGAAAAAGGUCACAAUGGUAAGGUUAAAGGUUUGAAUAUUAUAUUUGAUGGUACUGUUCCAACUGGUGGAGGUCUUUCUUCAUCAGCCGCAUUCUGUGUUGCUUCAACUUUAGCUAUUCUUCAUGCUAAUGGUGUUAAGGAAUUGUCAAAAUCUGACUUGACUAAGAUCACCGUUGUUUCUGAACAUUAUGUUGGUGUUAAUACCGGAGGUAUGGACCAAUGUGCUUCAGUAUAUGGUGAAACCAACAAGGCUUUACUUAUUCAAUUUAAACCAGAAUUAAAAGGAACUCCAUUUGAAUUUCCAAUCAAGAAUUUAACAUUUGUAAUCACAAACAGUUUACAAGUUGCCAACAAGCAUGAAACUGCCCCUAUUCACUAUAACUUGAGAGUUGUUGAAAUGGGUAUUGCCAGUGACUUAUUAGCCAAGAAGCUCGGUCUUAAGGAUUUACCUCAAGAUUCUAAUAUUGACAGUAGCAGUUUAAGAGGAGUUAUGGACGGUUAUUAUUCUACCUUGAAUCAAGAAAAAUGGGAUGGAAAUGAUAUUGAUAUCGGGAUUGAAAGAUUGACCAAGAUGAUCAACCUUGUUGAACAAGAAUUAACUAACCAAACUGGAUAUUCCGUUAGCGAAGCCAGUAAAGAGUUGGGUCUUUCUGAACAAGAAUUCCAAGAAAAGUACUUGACUGCUGUUCCAGUUAGAUUCGAAACUUUGAAAUUAUAUCAACGUGCCAAGCACGUAUACCGUGAAAGUUUAAGAGUUUUACAAACAUUAAAAUUAUUGAAAUCUCCUAUUUCCGACCCAGAACAAUUCUUAGGCGAGCUUGGUAAGUUAUUCAAUGCUUCUCAAGUUGAUUUGGACAAUUUGAACAAUUCUUCCAAUGAAAAAUUAAAUGAAAUUUGCCAAAUUGCUCUUGAUAAUGGUGCUUAUGGUUCAAGAAUCACUGGUGCUGGAUGGGGUGGAUCAAUUGUCCACCUAACCACUGUGGAAAAGGUCCCAGGAUUAAUCCAAGCUUUUACUGACAAGUAUUACAAGAAGGAAUUCCCAGAUAUUACCGAAGAAGAAUUGCGUGAAGCUAUUCUUGAUAGUAAACCUGCUACUGGUAGUUGUAUAAUUAAGCUUUAAAUAGUUUUUGUAUGACAUAUAUGUAUAGUACAAAACAAGAUUUAUUAUGAGUUUGUGUUCAUUGCAAUUUU